AUGUUUUCUUCACUACAGAGAAAUAUUUUUAGACCUAUUUUAUUAAUUAUCCGAAAUAAUCAUUCUCAAUAUAUUAUUACAAAUGAAAGCAACGGAACGCGGGAAAUUACUUUAAAUAAUGAAAAAACUAAAAAUUCUUUGUCAUUAGAGAUGAUGAAUCACCUAAUAGAUGCUAUAAAUUUAAACAAAAAUGACACAUCUCUGAGAGCAAUAGUUUUAUCAGCAAAGGGUAAUGUGUUUUCUGCGGGUCAUAAUUUAAAAGAACUUCAAGUAUCAACUGGGAUUGAACAACACAAACUGAUAUUUAGUAAAGCUACAGAGUUAAUGAAAUCUAUUAUCCAAAGUCCGGUGCCAGUAAUAGCUAAGGUAAAUGGAUUUGCAACAGCUGCUGGCUGCCAAUUAGUAGCUACCUGCGAUAUAAUAGUGUGCUCUGAGAUAAGCAAAUUCUCAACACCAGGGGCCAACUUUGGAAUAUUUUGUUCAACACCAGGAAUUGCUGUAGGCAGAAGUAUACCUAAGUCUAAAGCUAUGUAUAUGCUAUUAACUGGUGAAACAAUUAGUGCACAAGAAGCAUGUGAAUAUGGUCUUGUAACAAAGGUAGUCCAUGCUGAUAAAUUAGACGAGGAGGUCAACAAAAUAAUUGAUCAAAUCAAACAUAAGAGUCGCAGUGUUAUAGCUCUUGGUAAAGAAUUCUUUUACAAACAGAUAGAUCUAAGUACUAUGGACGCAUACAGUCUCGGUGAAGAUAUUAUGGUUAAAAACAUUAAUUCUGAUGAUGGUCAGGAAGGAAUAAAAAGUUUUGUUGAAAAACGCAAAGCCUCUUGGAGCCAUAAA